UCCUAUUACUUAUUAGCCAUUUUAUAAAGGUAAAGAGUAAAAAAAACAAAAAACAAAAACAAAACAGUAUGUCUGAUGAAGUUUUUAGCACAACUUUGGCAUAUACAAAGAGUCCAAAAGUCACCAAAAGAACUACUUUCCAGGAUGAACUAAUAAAAGCAAUUACAGCUCGCUCAGCCAGACAAAGGAGUUCUGAAUACUCAGAUGACUUUGACAGUGAUGAGAUUGGUGAUUUUUCUGACACCUCAGUAGAUGAAAAUUCAGUUAAGAAAAAAAUGAAUGAUUUCCAAAUAUCAGAUGAAGAAGAAAAGAAUUCUCCAAAACUGUCUUUUUUGAAAACCAAAAAAUCAAACAGUGACAUAACAAAAGAUGAGCCAGUAUUCUCUGUCAAAAACAAUGAGGAAACGGCACCAGAUGGUUGUGAAGACAUGGUUAUAAAUGCCUUAUCCGAAUCUCAAAAUAAAUACCAAGCAAUUGAAAAAGAGAAAAUUAAAAUGAAACCUAAACCCAGAAUUCUUCUGGUCAAAAACACAUCUUCAGCAGAAAACAGCAGCAGCCUUGAGGCAGACAACCACUGUAAGCCUUCGCCUCGGCCAAGGAGCCUGUUGAAAAAGCAUAGCCUCAGGGAGGAGAAAGAUGGGCCAGGAGAAGAUCAAGAAACUGCUCUCCACGGAGAGUCAGAGGCACACUCUGCACCUUCGUCCCUCCCAAGGCUGAAUGGCAGACAACUAGAAGCUGAGAAAAAAGCAUUGUCUGAAAACCUUGGUCCUGAGGAUCCAAGCCUAUCAUCGUCAUCCUUUAAAGAAGGUCUUGGAGAUUCCUUUUCACCAGGAUCUGAGGAAAAAGCAUCCGUAAAAGAUCAGAAGGAAGACUUAACUGAAAACCACAAUUCUUUGAAGCCAAGUGAAAAUGAAGAGAAUUCAUCUUUGAUAGACUUUGUUACUCCUGCACUUGAAAAAUGCAAGGAAAAUCAAGUGACUACUGAUGACCUUGAAGAAGAAAAGGAGAAAACUGAACUGAUUAUGAAUGAUGACUUAACAGUUGAUCCACCACUAUUGAAAUCUCAGAGUGUCUUAAUAUCUAGCAAUGCAACUGAAUCUGCAAAGAAAACAAUUGAAGAUAGAAAUAUGAAGAAUAAAAAGUCAACAAAUAAUAGAGCAUCCAGUGCAUCUGGCAGAUUAAUGACUUCUGCGUUUUUAAAGAAAUCUAGUUCUACAAGGAAAACUCCAUCGGCAACUACCUCUUCUCACUAUUUAGGGACUUUGAAAGUCUUGGACCAAAAGCCCUCACAGAAACAGAACAUGGAAGCUGACAGAGCAGAUAACAUAAGGGCAGCUGUUUAUCAGGAGUGGUUAGAAAAGAAAAAUGUAUAUUUACAUGAAAUGCACAGAAUUAAAAGGAUUGAAAGUGAAAACUUAAGGAUCCAAAAUGAACAGAAAAGAGCUGCUAAGAGAGAAGAAGCAUUAGCAUCAUUUGAGGCCUGGAAGGCUAUGAAAGAAAAGGAAGCAAAGAAAAUAGCUGCGAAAAAAAAGCUCGAGGAAAAAAACAAGAAGAAAACUGAAGAAGAAAACGCUGUGAGAAAAGGAGAAGCCCUACAGGCUUUUGAAAGAUGGAAAGAGAAAAAGAUGGAAUAUCUUAAAGAGAAAAAUAAAAAGGAGAAAGAAUAUGAAAGAGCAAAGAAACAGAAAGAGGAGGAAACUGUUGCUGAGAAAAGGAAAGAUAACUUAACUGCUGUUGAAAAAUGGAAUGAAAAAAAGGAAGCUUUGUUCAAAGAAAAGGAAAAGGAGAAAAUAAAUGAGAAAAGAAAGGAAGAACUGAAAAGAGCUGAGAAAAAAGAUAAAGAUAAACAAGCCAUUGAUGAAUAUGAAAAAUGGCUGGAAAAGAAAGAAAGGCAGGAAAGAAUUGAACGAAAACAAAAGAAACAUCAUUCCUUUCUUGAAAAUGAGGCACUUCCUCCAUGGAGCCCUCCAAGCAGAACUGUGUUCUCAAAAGCGUUUUGAUAAUUCUAAUUCUUACGUUUAGUUAUUUAUCAAUUUACCAAUUUUAACCAUGGGUUUAAAACUAUUCAUUCAAUUAUUUAUCAUUAGAGGAGUCUAUUUGAAUUAAAUGCCAACUACUUCUGCUCACAGUGAAGAAGAUGCUUUGGAGUUUAACCAUUGAAAGCAUUUUUUGAACUGUAGAUAACCUGCCUCAAAUGAAAACCUAAUAAUCAGAUUGCUUUUACUAUUAAUACAUAACCUUUAUCAUAUCCUGAUAAUUCUUACAGUCAGAUGAUCCAUGAUCACUGUCACUAAGCUGUGCAUGUUAUUUAAGUAUGUUUAUUCCCAGUACUAAAAAGGAAACCAUCUAGGUACCAUAAUCAUAGAAAUAAUUGAAUAUGUGACUAAUUAUGCAUCUAGGUUCAGGUUUUAAAAUGAAUAGUUGCUGGGGAGUAUGCAUAUAUUAUUUCUCCUAAAACUGAUCUUUAGCUGAAAGCAGUUGCAUUUGCACUGUGCAAGGUAGAAUUUUGAUCAAUUGAGGCAGUAGUUGAGUAGAACUGUAAUUGUCGAGGCAUUUUAUUUAAGAAUUUUGCCUUACGUUUUAUAUGAGUGUGCUUUAUGUGUUCCAGGCUUACAUGACAAUCAUAGGCACUUUAUAAUGAAAUUUGUCUUUCUAAAUUCUGUCUCACUUUAUUAUUUCAGUGUUACCAAAAGAUAUUCAUUUCAUGGUAGUGAUAUACUUACACAUUAGUCAAGGUCACUAUCACUAUUAUUACUUUCCAGACUAAAGCCAUAAAGGUGAUAAAGGCAGUUUUUGUCCUCUUAACUAAUCCAGUGUCUUGUAGCUUAUAUUUAGAAGACAACUGUAUGGGAAGGUAAUUUGUAGAUAUUAUCCAAAGAAUCUAUAUUUAUUUAUUUGAUCUCUGCAUAUCCUUGUAUUAAUUGAACUCAUACUUGAACUGGUCAGCUAGUUUAGCACAGGCCAAAUGUAUGCUCUCGCAGU